UGAUGCUGGAGGAGGGGAAGUGCAGGUGCUAGGUGAAAAAGCACAGUGAAUGAGAGGAAAGCAAUAGGAAGGACAAGAAGGGAAGGAUCACAGUCACAGAGUACUCAGACCUGGAGGAUUUAUCUCAGGAUUCCGGCUGGAAUAUGCUCAUCAAGAAAUAGUACUCACUCAGGAAAUUACCCUCAUUACAAAUAAAACAAUAGCUUGGGCAGAGGACAGGCUUCUCGAGAGGAUAAGAAAAGGGGAUAGAUAGAUACAUUGUAUCUGACGUUCUAACAGCAGAACGGUGACUAGCAGCUCAAGCACCAUCCUUGCUGCCUCCUUGUUGCCCACCCUAAGUGCCCCCUUCGUUGCCCAGCCUAGCUGAGUCCUGUGUACUGCUGCGGGCAAGGCGGGCUGGAGGUCCGGGAGAUGUCAGCAGUCAGUGGUACCGAGCCCAGCCCUGCAGCCGGGGGCAGGGUGUUCUUCCAGACCCCGCUGGCAGCCCCCGGAGCUCGGGAGGACCCCCCGCCGGUAGUGGCAGCGGCUCAGCAGCAGCAACAACACAAGCAGCAGCAGCAGAGGAGACAGCAGCAGGGCAAAGUGACUGUGAAAUACGACAGGAAAGAGCUGAGGAAGCGGCUGGUGCUGGAGGAGUGGAUUGUGGAGCAGCUCAGUGAGCUGUACGGCUGCGAGGAAGAAGAAAUGCCAGAAGUUGAAAUCGAUAUUGAUGAUCUUUUAGAUGCGUCUAGUGAGGAAGAACGAGUUUCGAAAUUACAGGAAUCUCUAGUAGACUGCUACAAACCAACAGAGGAAUUUAUUAAUCAACUUUUAGCACGAAUACGAGGAAUGAGAAAACUAAGCCCUCCACAGAAAAAGGAUAUAUAAGCCAUCAGCCAAGGCCUUUCCAGUCACACGAGUACAGCAAGGAAAACAAGAAUUCAAGACAUUUUAAAGGAAAACUAAAUCAAGCGAUCUUAAUGAAGAACUCUCUCUAUAUAUGUAUUGCUGUUUUAAUGGGAGGGCCAGGGGUGUUUGGGCUGUAGUUCCAAAACAGAAUAUUAAAAUCAUUAGUAAUGUAGUAGUUAAUAGUUUAGUUUUUGUUUUUUUAAGAAAAGAUGUUGGGCCUAUGUUGAGGGAACAUUGAAAAACCAAACAAAAACAAUAAAAAUUAUAAAGAAUAAGUGCCAGCUGCUUGUACUAAUUUUAAGGAAUGUGACCUCUUGGGCCACAAACAAGAAUUCUUUAUAAAUAUUUAAAGUGUAGAAAAGUGUAUCUUGCUUGUUUAUGUGAACUGUAGUGAGCAAUACAAAUACAAAGGUUGCAAUUCUUGUCUGGUACAAUGUCCUUUAUUCCACACUCCAAAAUAAACAAACACCCCCAAACCAUUGGCAUAACGUGAAUUGGGACACCGGUGUGCUGGGUAAAAGGGGGUGGGCCAGUGAUGCAAAACAUGUCGCUGGUGCUGCCCAAAGGGGAAUGGGUUCGACCAAAGACCUGGCAAGUCAGCCUAGCACGAAUGAACAUCAGGCUGCCUAUAACAGAGCUCAGCCAACUGCAGGCAAACCACGACACGAGCAAUGUUUCAAUGCUCUCUGCAUGGUCUUAGUGCCCUUAGUGUGAGCAUAUUUAAUGAUGCAUAUAUGCUUUUUGGGAAAGAUUCCUUGGCAUUGCCAAAAUCGUGACACCAUAGAAAUAAACCCAAAAUGAUGGUACAGGAGUCUAAAGUCACAGUCCUGACAAAAUCAAGAUGAUUAAGAGUUGUGCAUUGAACCAAUUUGUUCCAUGUUGGUAGACCAUUUUUGCUUAUAUUUUGGAUAUAGACAACUUGCUAGUUAGAUGAAACCUCUACUUUGCCAAUGGUGGAUUUUGAUGCCUUUUUAAAGUGACACUAAAAGCUUACUGGAGCUUGUUUUUUAAUGCAUUUUGUACUUUUUCAAGCUUCUUAAAACAGUCUUAAUAACUUUCUCUGCGUGAGCCUGUGCUGCACGCGGUCACAGCUAUGUACUUUCAUAGUACCAAAUGGAGCAAUUGGGCACUAAAACUGUGCAGCUACUUUUUGUCUUGUGCUGUGAUUUUAUUUAUCAGGAAUUUAUAAGAUAUGCUCAGCACUCCCACUAAGACAUAAAUGGAUUAGAAGUGUCCGCUACCUCUUCAUCUAAGGAGACCUCACUACAGAAGCUGUAAAUGUAUAGAAUGCAUUAAAGUGGAGGUCCACUCCAGUCUUGAGGGUCCAUUCUAACUUUACUGUCAAAUUCUUUGACUUAUAUUCAUGUUUAAAACAAUCCUUCCCUCUCUGUAAGGUUUGGGCAUCCAAUUUUUUUUGGUCUAUAUUUGUUGUUU